AUGUCUUCAAAGCCAGGCUCAGACAUCGCACCCUCGGCUCCCAACACUGGCGGCGCUGGUAUCUAUGGCACUUUUGGCCCCUCUGGCUCUUCUAGCUCUUCCGGCUCAUCUGGUUCCUCUGGAUCUUCGGGCUCUUCUGGUUCUUCGGGCUCUGCUGGUUCCUCGGGGACGGGACCUGCCCCUUCUAUCCCUUGGCUGACAUUACCUAGAGCAUUUUCCUUUUCCAUUUCUUUAUUCACCCCGCCCGUCUCUUCCCUCAUUCACCCAUUCUUGCUCCCCCCGUACUGCAUCGAUCCCUCGAUCCUGAGACGGUCAAACGCUGCCAAGGGGUCGGAGGAAGUGAACGUGGAGGUGGUGUUUGUUGUUCCGGUAGAACUGGACGUCUUGUUACUAGAGCUGGUCGUAGUCGACGAGGUGGUAUUGUUGUUCGAGGAAGAACCAUCUUGUGCAGUGGAAGAUGUGGUGUUGUCGGAGGUAGAGGUGUUUGAGGAGGACAUCUUGAGGUUGGCGGUUCUGUCUUCACUUUAA